GUUGCCUGCUCUUAAAGGCUCCACGUUGCUGUGUGGCAGAGUCUGUCGCGCCGUGACCAGACCUGAAUCAUAGGAAGGACUCAGGGGGCCCAGGAAACUCAACGAUGGACUCAGUGGCCAUUGAUGACGUGGCUGUGAACUUCACCCUGGAGGAGUGGGCUUUACUGGAUUCUACACAGAAGAAACUCUACAGAGAUGUGAUGUGGGAAACCUUCAGGAUCCUGGCCUCCAUAGGAAAAACAUGGGAAGAUCAUGAUAUUGAAAAUCAGUACAAAAAGCAGGGGAGAAAGCAAACAAAUCUUAUGAUAAUGAGACUCUGUGAAAGUGAAGAGGGUAGUCAAUGUGGAGAAAACUUCAGCCUUAUUCCAAAUCUCAGUCUGAACAAGAAACCUACAGGAGCUAAACCAUGGGAACGCAGUGCAUGUGGAAGAAUCUUCAUGCAUCAUUCAUCCCUUACUAGGCAUGUUAGAUGUCACACUGAGCACAAACCAUAUGACUAUCAAAAAUAUGAAGAGAAGCCAUAUAAACAUAAAGAAUGUGGGAAAGCCUUUACUUUUCCCAGUUUUCUUCAAAUACAUGAAAGAACUCAUACUGGAGAGAAACCCUGUGAAUGUAAAAAAUGCAGUAAAACAUUCAUUUCUUCCAGGUCUCUUCAAGUCCAUGAAAGAAAUCAUACUGGAGAGAAACCGUACGAAUGCAAGGAAUGUGGGAAAGCCUUUGUAAGUCCCUCAAGACUUCGGUCACUCAUGAUCUUUCACACUGGAGAUGGACCUUAUAAGUGUAAGGAAUGUGAGAAAGUAUUCAUUUCUCCCAGUUCAUUUCAAAUACAUGAAAGGAUUCACACUGGAGAGAAACCCUAUGAAUGUAAGGAUUGUGGGAAAGCAUAUAUGAAUCUCUCAAGCCUUCGAUCACACAUGAUCUUUCACACUGGGGAUGGACCUUAUAAAUGUGAGGAAUGUGGGAAAGCCUUCACUUUUCCCAGUUUUCUUCAAAAACAUGAAAGAACUCAUAGUAGAGAGAAACCUUAUCAAUGUGAAAAAUGCAGAAAAGCAUUCAUUUCUGUUAGUUCUCUUCGAGGACAUGAAAGAAUUCAUACUGGAGAGAGACCGUAUGAAUGUAAAAUAUGUGGUAAGGCCUUCAGGUUUUCCAGUCAUGUUCAUGAACAUGAAAGAACUCAUACUGGAGAGAAACCCUAUGAAUGUAAAAAAUGCACUAAAGCAAUUACUUUUUCCACUUCUCUUCAAAGACAUGGAAGAAGUCAUACUGGAGAGAAACUCUACGAAUGUAAAAAAUGUGGUAAAGCAUUCACUUCUUCCAGUUCUCUUUGAGUACAUGAAAGAAGUCACACUGGAGAGAAACCUUAUGAAUGUAAAAAAAUGCACUAAAGCAUUUACUUCUUCCAGUUCUCUUCGAAUAUAUGAAAGAAUUCAUACUGGAGAGAAACCCUAUGAAUGUAAGGAAUGUGAGAAAGCAUUCGCUUAUCUCAGAUCACUACGAAAACAUGGAAAAUGUCACACUGGAGAGAAACUGUAUGAAUGCAAGGAAGGUGGGAAAUCCUUUAUUCCUGAUGAAAAUUUUAAAGGAUACAUAAGAAUGCACACUAGAGGAAAAAGUGUGUAAAUAUAACGAAUGUGGGAAAGCCUUUUGUCAUUCCAGUUCUUCCUGAAGGCGUGAAAGGACUCACUUAAUAAAAACCUCUUGAAUGUAAACAGCAUGGGAAGGACUUCAAUUGGCCCAUAUCCUUCUAUGUGAAACUCCACCAAUAAGAAAUAUAAAUAUAAGUAAUAUGAGAAAGCUUGAUGGAAAUUAAAUUUUAUAUAAUGCUCUAGAAAAAUUUCAAUAUGAAAGAGUUAUAAAAAUUUUAACUGUACUGCAUUUAUCAUGGGUCUUAAAGUUCAACAUUGGAUUGUGGAUUUCUAUUAAUUACUUUCAAAACUGAAUAUUGAGGUGAGGUCAUUCUGUAAGUCAUCCUUCAUCAGUACUACGUAAGAAUAAGAGGCAGUGCUUUUCCCUCACAUCAUUUAAAAUAUUUUCUUUUUAAUUUUUUAAUAAUGUUUUAAUUGUCCUGAGUUAAGGGGCCAUUGAAAAAUGACGUUGUAUUUGUUGUGAUUUUUUUUUUUAUGAAUACAAUUCCUUUAUUAUAUGUGUGUUUUGUAAAUAUAUUUCCUCUUAAUUUUUGGC